AUGGCAGAGGAUGAUGAAGAAGGCGUAAGAAAGGUCAUGGAUGGCAUGGCUACGCUCACAGUCGAUGCAGCCAACUACGGUUAUCUUGGUAUGGCGUCCGGUGCCUCUCAUCUGAGAUCCUUGUGGAUGGAGUCUGGAAACGGUCCUUCGUGGGAUUCCGGUGCCUGGAACGAUCGGCGACGCGACCUGCAAGAUCUCCUCCGCCGGCGGACAGAAAGCUCUACGAUAGCUUCGGCCGUGCAGACUCAGACUCUGGUGACACGGGCGAUGGUGGACGUGUUCGUCGAUGCCUUCUUUGUCCGUUAUCAUCCCGUCUUUCCUAUCUUGCAUGAGCCGACAUUCAGAGCUCAGUACGACAGCAGAAUGGCUCGACCCGGUCAGAGCAUCUGGCUUGUUCUGGUGAACAUUGUCGCAGCGCUCGGAGCUUUCGUCACAAAUCCGAGUUCGUCAGAUGAAACGAGUCUGUCAAUCUUCCGGACGGCCAAGCGCUAUCUUGCAGUGAAUGCUCUGGAAACGGGCAAUUUGACACUGGUACAAGCAUUCGGCAUGUCAGCCAUGUUUUUGCAGAAGAUCAACAAGCCCAACACCGGCUAUAAUUAUGGUGGAGUAGCCAUCCGCAUGGCUAUUGGCCUUGGCCUGCACAAGGAGUUUGGAUCCCAGCACAUGAGCCCUUUCAAACAGGAGUUGCGUCGGAGGAUCUGGUGGUCUCUUUGUGUCUUGGACGUAGGUGCAACGAUCACCUAUAGUCGCCCGUUGAUUUGGCCACAAAUUGGAGUCGAUGCAGCUUUGCCGUCCAACAUCCGGGAAGAAGAUCUGAUGGUCAAUUCGCCAGUAACACCAGCCGAAGUGGAUACAGCGACUGUCAACACGUACCUCAGAGUCCAAUCGUCGUAUCAUUUACAGACGAUGCCAAUUUACAAUCGGCUGAUUAGCAACCCGCCUCCAUUGCCGGAAGAACUCUUGACACUCGACUCGACGAUUGUAGAGAAUUGGCUAAAUCAGGUGCCGCAUUACUUCCAAGAUAGCAGCGGACCAAGCCUAGAAGAUCGAUUUGCACUACCUCAUGGUAUCAACUGCUGGCGAUAUCGAAACCUCCGGAUCGUCAUAUUCCGACCGUUGCUGGUGAAGUGGGCACUGCAAGAUGGGCUUGAGGAGACUCUUACUUGGCAUGAGCAGGAAGCUACCAACCGGUGCUUGCGUGCUGCUCGUGAGAGUAUAGCCUGGAUACAAAAUUUCUGGAAGUCAAGGCCGCAAACCAGGUUGACGGCAUUCUAUGUCUUGUAA